AUGGAUCUUCCAUCAAAGAACAGCCACGCUGUUUGCGAUAGUUUCCAACAAUACCUUCUCAAGGCGAUGAACUCAAGCGCGGCGCGCUGCUACACAUGCCUUUCCGACGACAGUGAUUCCCUUUGCCAACGUUAUCCGAAUCUGGGGUCUCUGAUUCGCGAAAUCUGCGGAGAUGCUGAAGCAUUUAUACAGGCUCUUUCACUAGCGUCUGUUCCUGUUCCUGAACGUGAACAAGAGCUCCCACCGACUGAUGGCCGGGUGGAUGACAUGUGUGUCGACAGUCGCGAGGAGCUUGCUGUGACUGUCUUGGAGCCAACUCCAACCCAAGCAGAAGAUACCUUACCGACGGAGGUUUCCGACCAUGAGCAGAUGCCUUCAAAUGAAGAUCUUGCUGGGGAGGCAGUCGAGAACGCCCAAAUACGUAGGGAUAAUGGUGUCCAAGCCAUCAACAAAUCUCCGAGUGCCGCUGGAGCUACUAUUGAAGCCAUGGCCAAAGAUCUUCGCGCUCGUGGUCCGUUCCAGCCCGAAUAA